AUGAACACCGCUGUGAUCCAGAUCAAGUUCCUCCUGCUCUUCCUUAGCGCGCUGAUGCUGGCCGUGGACCUCACCCUCUUCUGCUUCGUCCAGUACAACAUCCUGCACAUGAGCGUGUUCCAGCCGGAGGCGGCCGUCCAGUCCGCGCACAUAGCCGCCGAAGUGACCACCAUGCUCAACUGCAUCAUGUGCUUCGCCGACUGCUACGUCACCUGCUUCGAGCGGGCCCACAGCAGGCGGCACGUCAAGGCACUGGUCUGCGCCGUCGUGUCCGUCUGCAUCUUCAUGUCCAACACGGCCUCUUACUUCUACAUUGCCGGCGGGAAGUACCAAUAUGCCAUACCAACGAAGAAUAUAACGGCUUUUAACCCAGACAACAUGCAGGACAUUUGGCUGGAUGAGAUCCACGCCUACCUGUCAGAAUACGAAAAUUCUAGAAACGCAAACAAGACAAAAGCGAACUCGUUGAAAUACCUGGUGACGCUGGACUAUUUCCAGCAAAUUUCCCACUGCUGUGGGGUCAUCAGCUUUGCUGACUACACGACACUCGGGGUUCCCAUUCCGAAGACCUGUGAGUGCGGCACACACGAGAGCAUCCUGCACUCCUGCACCCGCGGCAAGAAGACCUCGACCGGCGGGCGGUCAUUCGUUGGUGGCAUGAUCGACAUGACCCAGUGGCGGAAAUACAUGGGCGGAGGGUCACCCUCUGACCCCGCCGAGGACGACCGCGAAUCACGCGGAGGGGACGACGAGUACCAGCUGAAAAGGGAGGUGCACGAGGACGGCUGCGAGGAACACCGCAUCAAGUACGUGCACGUGCUGAGCGUCCUUCUCCGGCUGCUCGUCUCCAGCAACUCGCUCAAGUUCAUCUCCAUCAUCAUGAUUCCCAUUCCCUGGCUGUACGAGAAGUGAAAGUGGGGAUGAUGACGUUGAUGGCAUGCUGAUGCUGAUGUUGAUGCUGAUGCAGCUGAUGCUGAUGCUGAUGCUGAUGCAGCUGAUGCUGGUGAUGCUGCGGCGUUGCUGACGGUGAUGUGAACACGUCAUCACUGUGAACGCCAUGCGCUGGCUUCACUAGGAAUGAUCGUGAUGAUUUCGAGUCACGAUGAUGAUGGUGAUGAUGAAGUUGUUAUGAUGGUCGCGGGACACCGCUGACUGGGAUGCAGACGCACCAUCACCGCGAUGUCAUUCCAACCCGUACACCGUAUGACAGCUGAUGGUUGCCAUGACGACCGCCGCUUUCGCGAUGUGAACACGACUCUGAUGGUGGCCUCACUGUGAGAGCAGGGGUGGCGACCAAGGUGUGGUGUUGUGGUGUGACUUACCUGUGAGCAAUGCCAGACUGUGGUGAAGUCUGACCUUUCAGCCUGCAAACCAGUCUGAACUCCGCGUGUCGGCGGUGAACGACCAAUCAUGAUCAAGACCUCGUGCGAAUCAUCCAAAUCACUGCUAAUUAUUUAGCAGUUUGCGUGCGUUUUUUGGACAAACCUAUGACAUUUCCGCGUGCGAUGUAACGCAAGCGACGCAUUUUAUGUCCGAACGCAUAACUUAGGCUCGAUUUAAUGAUAGAAACAGCGUAAUCACGAAAAGUUUAUUGG